CUGGCUUCUGGUUGCUGGAUGCUGAGGCCAAGGCAGAGACCCAGCGAGGCUCCUGCCUCCGCCUCCCUCCCCCAUCACUCUAGCCCAGGCCUCGGUGGGGGCCACUAGGCCGCCCCCCCAAGGGCUGGGGGGGGAGGAGCCGGCUGUCGCCAUGGAGAUGGGGGCUGGCGACACCCCAUCGCCCCCACCCCGGUACAACGCCCCCCGCUCGGCGCUCUACGCCGCCAAGCUGAGCGCCAUGGCGACGCCAGCCCCGCCGGCGCCCAGACCCCCGGCCACGGCCGGGCCUGGGGGCAACGGGGCCACGGGCAGCGGGGCGUUGGCGUCUCCCACGGCGACGGGCAGCGGGGAGUCGGCGUCUCCCACGGCGACAGGGAGCCUGGCGACAUCUCCGCCAGGGAGCCUGGCGACAUCUCCGCCGGCGACGGGCAGCGGAACUGUGUCACUGGGCACCGCGGCGGCAACCAGCACUGUGGCGGCAUCUCCAAGCAACCUGGCGGCAUCUCCGACACCUACAGGCCAUGUGGCGGUGUCUCUAGGCAACGCGACGGCGUCGCCGGGCAGCGUGGCAGCAGCGACGAGCAGCGGGGUGGCGUGUCCAGGGCCGACGGGCAACAACGCCGAUUCGGUGGCAUCUCCUGUGGUAACAGCACCCGUAGCCACUAUGGCGGCCGCCACAGGGACGGUUUCCAUGGAAACGAUGCAGAUGGCAGGGGUCGACGUGGCGACGGGUCCCACGGAAACGGUCACUGUGGCGGUGGCCUCUCCCACGCCGUCUCCCGCCACGGAAACUGCAGCCCCGCGCACCCCGGUGAAGCCCCUCCCGGCGCCCUUCCCCUCGCCGUCCGUGGUGGUGGUGGCGCCCAGCCCGGUGGUGCCGGAGAAGAGCUCUCCCACUGCGACGGAGGGGCCUGCAGACCUAGGGUCCACCGCCUCCCAGGACAUGGGGUCGCAGUCCAGCCUGGGUCCUGGAAUCCCACCUCCCAGGCCCCCGCCGGCUCCAGACACCCUGAGUUACCUGGAUUCGGUCAGCCUCAUGUCGGGCACCUUGGAGUCCCUGAGUGGCCCCGGGUUCUUGGACGACGUCAGCUCCCUGGGCUCGGACUCGGAGAUCAAUGGCUUGGCCUACCGCCGAACAGACAAAUAUGGCUUCCUGGGGGGCAACCAGCACUCGGGGAUGCUGGAGAGCGCCAUCCCGGUGGACGUGGCGCGGCAGCGGGAGCUCAAAUGGCUCGAUAUGUUUUCCCACUGGGAUAAAUGGCUCUCGCGGCGAUUCCAGAAGGUGAAGCUGCGCUGUCGGAAGGGGAUCCCCUCGUCUCUCCGGGCCAAAGCCUGGCAGCUGCUGUCGAACAGCAAGGAGCUCCUGGAUCAGAACCCCGGCAAAUUUGAGGACCUGGAGCGCCAGCCCGGGGACCCCAAGUGGCUGGAUGUGAUUGAAAAGGAUCUGCACCGGCAGUUCCCCUUCCACGAGAUGUUUGCCGCCAGGGGAGGCCACGGGCAGCAGGACUUAUACCGCAUCCUAAAGGCCUACACCAUUUACCGGCCCGACGAGGGGUACUGCCAGGCCCAGGCCCCCGUGGCUGCCGUCCUGCUGAUGCACAUGCCCGCUGAGCAAGCCUUCUGGUGCCUGGUGCAGAUCUGUGAGAAGUACCUGCCAGGCUACUACAGCGCAGGGCUGGAAGCCAUCCAGCUGGAUGGAGAGAUCUUCUUUGCCCUGCUGCGCCGGGCAUCCCCCAUGGCCUAUCGGCACUUGAAGAAAUACAAGAUUGACCCCAUCCUCUACAUGACGGAGUGGUUCAUGUGCAUCUUCUCCCGCACCCUGCCCUGGGCUUCGGUGCUGCGCGUCUGGGAUAUGUUCUUCUGCGAGGGGGUGAAGAUCGUCUUCCGGGUGGGCCUGGUCCUUCUCCGGAAUACGCUGGGCUCGGUGGACAAGCUGCGCAGCUGCCAGGGCAUGUACGAAACCAUGGAGAAGCUGCGCAACCUGCCAGCUCAGAGCAUGCAAGAGGAUUUCCUCAUCCUGGAGGUGGUGAACCUGCCGGUGACGGAAGCGCUGAUUGAGCGUGAGAACGCCACGCAGCUCAAGAAGUGGCGCGAGACCCGCGGGGAGCUGCAGUAUAAACCCUCUCGCCGCCUCCACGGCUCCCGCGCCAUCCACGAAGAGUGUCACCGCAUGAACCCGCCGCUGACCUCCAGCGCCAGCCUGCUCAGCCUCACCGGCUUCAAACAGCGGGCGGCCCGCGGCGGCAGUGGGGCGAGCACGGGGGGCAACUUCUCCCCUGCCCACCCCAUGGGCAGCCUGGCCGUCUCCGCUGCCCCCACUCCAGCCACUGCCCCAGGCCAGGUGGUGUCGGAAGGGCUCCACCCCGCUCUGCCCUCCCCCACGGGGAACAACACGCCGCUGGCGGGCCCCAAGAAGGGGGGAGCGAAGGAGAAGAAGAAGGAGAAGGAGCGGGAGCGGCUGGCGAAGGAGCGGGAGAAGCAGGAGAAGGAGCGGGAGCGGCUGGCGAAGGAGCGGGAGAAGCAGGAGAAGAAGGAGAAGGAGAAGCUGGAGCGGAAGCAGCAGAAGGAGCGCGCCAAGGAGGAGGCCAAGCAGAAGAAAGAGAGGAAGGUCUCCAUGCGCCGGAAGGAGGCCAAAGCCCCGCCCCGCGCCGAGGACGGGGGGCAAGACGGGGAUCCCCCAGCAGGCUCUGUGCUGCAGGACACUUACUUCUGAGCUGAGUGGGGGUGGGACAGCGGGGGGGCCCUGCUGCCUCCGACCCCACCACAGAUUAGCCAAGGACCAAGGGGUGAGGAGACUCAGAUGGGGGUGGGGUCGCCGGCUGGGAGGAAGCUGGAAUCUAAAGGACAAGAGUGUUGAGCUCUGAGCUAGCCUCCAGGGGGCGCCCCACAAUCUUCCUCCUGCCAGGAGGGGACCUGCUUAACGACUUUGAAAGCCAAACGACUACUGUGCUCUCCCCCCCCCCGCUUUCUGUGUCCUCCCCUCCCGUCGGUGGAACGAACAGGUACACCCCUCCCUCCAAGCGCUUUUCCAGGGGUGUGGGGCGUCCCCCUCAAGUCUUAACCAGAAUAUAAUUGUAUUAAUAGUCCAGCCCGUUUACUGUAUAUAGGAGAAUCCCCUUUAAACUAUUUAACCACUCCAGCCCUACACUCCCCCCGCCCCUCUGCUCGGGAGAGGUUGGUUUUAAGGGCCACCCUCUUGCCCCCAUGCUAGCAGGAGUGCUCCUCUUUGUGCUGUUCACCCCCAAACGCAGUUCUUGUUGAUGGACACAGGUAUCAAUAAAGUUCUUCUCCUUGGACUUUCAGUGGCAAGACGGAUGAACUUUAUUGACAGCCCAGUGUAUGCGGACAGGGCAUACGUUCCUCCUUGUCCCAACACCACAUUUCUUUAUUUAUCUGUAGCCCGGUGUUCCCCGACAGGGCAUCAGUAAAGCUCAUCCGCCUCUCAAGAAGGUGUCGAUAAAGUCACGUGCUAGGUGAGAAACUUUAUCGAUAGCCCAGUGCUUGCAGACAAGAGAACAAGAAAGUUCUUCCAUCUCCCAGCACAGGGUUUUUGUGGCAAGGAGUAAACUUUAUUGAUAGCCCAGUGUUGGACAAACUGGACUGUUCUCGUCUGCCAAUGCUGGGCUUUCAAUAAAGUUCAUUCCUUGUCCCCACCUGGGGCUUCAUUACUUGUGUGGUACCCUGGCGGCCCACUGUUAUGGUCUCCUUUGGGGCCUUCUGGGAAAGAUGGUGAACUUUAUUGGUGGCCCACUUUGCUGACAAGGUGUCAAAAAAGUUUCUUCCCUGUAAGAGUGGGGGAUGAACUUUAUUGACAACCCAGUGUUCGCAGCCAGAGCAUGGCAUUCCAUGUAAGGGCUGGGAUGAGCUUUAUCGACACUCCAGUGUUUGCAGACAGAAUAUCCUAUUCCAUGUGAGAGCUGGGAUGAGCUUUAUCGAUGUCCCAGUGUUUGCAGACAUGGGUAUCAAUAAAGUUUAUUUCACAUGAGAGCCGUGAUAAAGUUUAUCGAGUCCCCAGUGUUGGUGGACAAGAAGCCAAUAAAGUCCCCCAGUGGCUGAUGCUAUGGGACUUUUUCCGACUAGCACCCCAUAGCCCCCCCCUAAUUUGCCCUGGGGGGAUAUUAAAUUGGCUCUUAGACAAUACUCCCCCCCCCCCUCCCCCGGGAUACUCUCUUGGUUAUCUCUUGUCUUGUCAAUUCCUUGCCUCCCCUUCCCUGGCUUAUUUGUGAUUCACCCCAACCAUCAACACACUCCAGUCCCCCCAGACCCAACAAACCCCCCCCGGCCCCUUAAAAAGCAUGAACAAACACCCUUACGAUAACUGGAAUUUUCUCUCUCUGACUGUGGUACGCUGUGCGACCACUAGAGGACACCCACUGGCCCCAUGGAGGGAGAGCAGGGGUCUCAGAUGGGAGGCUAACACUUUCACGCUGGCUGGAAGAGGAGUGGGGCUGACCCAAUGGGAAUCCCCCAACCCCCACUGUCUUGUGUAAAGCUAGCAAAGAGCACCAGAACUCCUAGGUUCUAUCCCUGCCUCCAGGCAGGGAGUGGGGGCUAGUGAGUUAGAGGGUGGGGGUGGGCUGGGAAUCAGGACUCCUGGGUUCUAUCCCCCAGCUCGGUCUCUUCCCCCUUUGCCUCAGUUUCCCCUCUUUGCAAGACAUGGCUUUAACUUAACCUUGUAGAGUGGCUCCUUGGAGCAAGAGACCACAUUGCUGCUCUUUGCCUCCAGCCAAACCUCAUUCCCACAAUUCACCUCUCCCCCAAACCAUGCCGCCAGCUGCCCCCCCCAGCCAAUGUAACUCCCACCUGCCACCCAACAAGCCCCCCCUUUCUCCCUCCCACCCUUUGUAUAUACGUGUCUCUCUAUACACAUAUAUUAUAUAUAUGUCUCGGUAUUGUAAUUAUGUAUACAGACAUUUUGGGUUUGGCCAUGAGGUCUUAUUUAAUGGGACAGACACUGGAAUAUAGAGAUACAGCUCCCGCCCCCUUGCCCCGGCUCCAAUCCCUAGUCUCUCUUUUUAUGCCACCCCCAUCCUGGGCAGGAAGGGCAGAAAACCGGAUGUUUACAUUUUACAUCUCUCCUCUUUCUCCAUUCCCCCUCCCCGACCCUUUCUGUUGUUCGUGCCUCAUUCUCUGAGAUUUUAUUUUGUCGCUUUGUUUAAAAAGGUUAACAAAAAAAAAAUUGCAAACUUGGAAGAUGCAGCGCUGUUCUUUGGGCGUCAUGGUUGGGGGGGUGGCUCUCUGAGGAUCGUUUGGGUUGCAGGUCUCAGAAUCAUGGGCUCUAGGGGGGUAUCACUGGAUUGGGGGGUAUCGUGCUCUGAGGGUCUUUGGGUUGUGGGUGAUGGAUCUUUGAGAAUCAUUGGCUGAUUGGGGUCAUGGCUCUUUGAAGGUCAUUGGCUUGGGGGUCACAGUUCUUUGAGGGGCAGUGGAUUCUAGGUCUUUGGUCAUUGGGCUCUUCCAGGGUCAUUGGGUUGGGGGUCUGGCUCUUUGAAAGCUGGGUUGGUGGGUCAUGAUGGUUCUUUGAAGGUCAUUGGGUUCUAGGUCUUUGAGGGUCAUUGGUUCUUUGAGGGUCAAUUCAGAAUCAUUGGCUCCUUGGGGGUCAUGGCUGUUUUGAGUCAUUGGGUUGUCAGUCUGGCUCUCUGAGGGUCACUGGAUUGUAGGUCUUUGAGAAUCAUUCGCUUGUUGGGGGUUGUGGUUCUUUGAAGGCCUUUGGGUUUUAGAUCUCUGAGAAUCAUUGGCUGAUUGGGGAUCCUGGCUCUUUGAUGGUUGUUGGGUUGGGGGUCUUGGAGGAUCUUUGGGUCUUUGAGGGUCAUAGUUCUUUGAGAGUCCUUGGACUGUGGGUCUUGGUUCCUUGAAAGUCUUUUGAGGGUGUCAUGGGGGAACAGGCUUGGUGCUAGUUGAACAGCCGUGAAUUGGGGCCCUCUCCAGGGCGCGCACACACACUAGGGUACGCCUCCUUGGGCCGACCUCGGAUCCUUCAGCACCCGUUCCACACAGUGAGUCCAGCUGAGUAGGACACCUGGGGAAGCCCCAAAGGGGCUCUGCACCCCGAGUUCUGCAGUCAGCAGUGACUCCCAGCCAGGGGGGUACCCCAGAAGGGUUUGUUAGGCCUCUGGAACAGCGGAGAAACGUUCAUUGUUAGCACAGAGAGCAGGAC